UCCGCUGCCCAACUUCUGCUCUUUUUGGACUGAGUUUGUACUUCAUCCAUCGACAUAUCGUAAUACAUAUGUUUAAUGUUCUUGUGGGGAUGUGAGGCGACGUCAAGGGGACAGGAAGAAGCGGUCGUGCACCUUGCCAAAGUGGACGGACUUGGAGCCAAAAAGUGAUGAAAACCAGCCAUCCUCUGGACGGACCAUGGCUGCCCAUCGAAUCGUCCGAAUGACGAGCAACAAUCACCUCCUCCCUCGCUGCAAGUCAGAAGGGACGCUCGUGGAACAAGAUGAGGGGGUGCCAACCAGCUUUACUGAUGUCAUAGUGCCUUCUCCGAGUGCCUUAAGACUGGGCAUGGCUUCCUCCUGUGAGGGCAUACAAGAAGUAGUCGCCAUCAAGGAUUAUUGCUCGAGCAGCUUUACCACGCUGACAUUUUCCAAAGGUGAUCACCUCUUUGUGCUGGACACUUCAGGUGGCGAGUGGUGGUAUGCACACAAUAACACGGAGAUGGGAUACAUCCCUGCUGCCUAUGUCCAACUGCUCAACUUCAGGAAUUAUUCGCUUAGCAACAGUGGAACGAUUGACACACUUGGGGAGGAGGACAGUCUGAAGGAGUUUGAGGAGUUAGGAGAGUGGAAAGGGGGGUCUUUUAAACCCUCACUAGCUAUCAACAAUCGUCCCUUGUCUUGUAAACCUCUAUUGUGUUCGUUGGAUCAGAAUUGCAAACAAGCAAAUGUAACAAACUCAUCUGAUUCCAUUAUUUUUGACACACUUGCAUGUCCAACAGGCUUCAACUUGGACACCAAUAAUAUCAAGUUCAAUGGUUGUCCCACCCAAGAGACUGUGCAACACCUCCACAGGGAUGACGCCUUUUUUAGGAGUAAACGUUCUCAGAGUCUUUCCCAACUCACUGUUUUACAAGAGCAAUCAAAUCCAAAUAUGUCUGCUUGUUUCUUCAUGGGCCUAAAAGCCCCUUCACCGGAGCAGUUUCAGAGCAGAGAGGACUUCAGAACGGCGUGGCUCAAACACCGAAAAUUGACCAGGUCUUGCCAUGACCUGGAAUCCCUAGGUCAGAGUCCCGGGUGGGGUCAGACUCAGCCGAUUGAGACAAGCAUUGUGUGUAGCUUGGACAGCAGUGGAGGUGUAGUUCAGCUCCCAGACACCCAUAUCACCAUGCACGUUCCAGAAGGUCAUGUCAGCCAAGGCGACUAUCAGCAGAUUUCCAUGAAAGCUUUAUUGGAUCCUCCUCGGGAGCUCAAUAGUGACUGUCGCUCCACUGUCAGCCCAGUGGUGGAGAUCAAACUCAGCAACAUGAAUACCAAGUCUUUUGUCACUUUGGAAAUGAGCGUUUCAAUGACACUAAAGACAGAGAGCAGCCCCUGUGAAGUGAUGUGUGUUCGGAGUGACUGCAAAGACGGACCUUACACACCCAUUACCGAUUGUUACGUUUAUAAGGACAUGGUUCAAGUGCGUCUUGACUGUCAUGAGCCGUGCAUGUAUGUGGCGGUUGUGGUUCAGUCCCUGUACAUCAGUCACAACAUAAUCAUGUGGGACCAUGUGGAGAGGAAGGUAACACUUGCCGUUUAUGGACCCAAGCAUAUUCAUCCCUCCUUCAAGACAGUUGUGGCCAUGUUUGGGCAUGACUGUGCCCCCAAGACUUUACUGACGAGCGAGGUGUUUCCUCCAACUUGCUCCACCCCUCCAGUCACCCUCCAGUUAUGGGGAAAGCAUCAGUUUGUCCUGCGGUUCCCCCAGGACAUACAAGUGGGGUUGUACCCUAAUACAUCCAACUAUCAGGUGAAAGCGAAUGAGGGUGGUGGGAUAAUCCAGGGAUUUCAUCUCAAACUGGGCAAGGUUAGCCGGCUAAUCUAUGCAAUGUCAUCGCACAAUCCCAAUAACAUCUCAGACUUCACGCUCAGGGUCCAAAUCAAGGACAUGUUGGAUUGUAUUCUAACCCAGUUCUGUAUCCAAACUCCGCAACCACCUCCAAAGUCUGAAGCCAGGAUGACAGGAGAAAGGAGGUUCUUAAAAAAGAAAGAGAUGGACAAGAUCAUCCUGUCACCACUGGCUGUCAUCUCCAAAUAUCCCAAAUUUCAGGAUCGCUGUAUUACCAGCAUAAAAUUUGGCAAGUUAAUUAAAACGAUAAUUCGGCAGCACAAGAGCAACUACCUGCUGGAGUACAAGAAAGGUGACGUGAUUGCGCUGCUCAGUGAGGAAAAAAUUAAGCUAAGAGGGCAGCUGCGCACCAAAGAGUGGUACAUCGGAUACUAUCAAGGCAAGAUGGGGCUGGUCCACGCCAAGAACGUUUUAGUUCUAGGCAAGGUCAAACCCAUUUAUUGGUGUGGGCCAGACCUGACCACAAUGACUCUGUUGGAGCAAAUCCUUAAACCUUGCAAAUUCCUUACGUAUAUCUACGCCACGGUGAGGACCGUUCUCAUGGAGAACGUGGUGAAUUGGAGGGCGUUCGCCGAGGCGCUCGGCUACGGGAACUUGCCGCUCAAUUACUUCUGCCGGACUCAGCUGGACAAUGAACCGGAGAAGGUGGCUUGUGUUCUGGAAAAACUCAAAGAAGAAUGUACCAACAUUGAGAACAAGGAGAGGAAGUCAUUUCAAAGGGAGCUCAUGAUGGCUUUGCUGAAGAUGGACUGCCAGGGUCUGGUUGCCAGAUUGAUUUUGGACUUUGUGCUGCUAACCACAGCAGUGGAGGUGGCGUCCCGCUGGAGGGAACUUGCAGAGAAAUUGGCUCGAGUGUCCAGGCAGCAGAUGGAGGCUUACGAGGCACCUCACCGUGACAAAAACGGUGUGUUGGACAACGAGUCUAUGUGGAAACCAGCCUACGACUUCCUGCUGACUUGGGCAGCACACAUCGGGGACAGCUAUCGUGAUGUGCUCCAGGAGCUCCACGUGGGCUUGGACAAGAUGAGGAACCCGAUCACAAAGAGGUGGAAGCACCUGACCGGCACGCUCAUCCUCGUCAACUGCCUCGACAUCCUCCGCAGCGCCGCCUUCUGCCCCACCGGCUAUGGUGACUUUGCUGUAUAAUGUUGGGCUUCCACAUCCAGGGCGAGUCAAGUGUUUGCAACACUCUACCCGUGAACCUAUUGCGCUCACCGGGGCUCUCUGCCAGUCCAGAACGUACAGUAUCCCUUUUGCUCUAGGAGUGGCACAGAGGUUAAUGCUGGUGCCUCACAAUAGGAAUGUUCUGGGUUUGGCUCAGGGUCUUUCUGUGUGGAGUUUGCAUGUUCUCCCUGUGACUGUGUGGGUUCCCUCUGGGUACUCCGGCUUCCUCCCACCUCCAAAGACAUGCACUUGGGGAUAGGUUGAUUGACAACACUCAAUUGGCCCUCGAGUGUGAAUGUUGUCUAUCAGUGUUGGCCAGUCUGUAACCUGCCUUCCGGUCGAAUGCAGAUGGGAAGGGCUCCAGCCACGCCUGCGGCUCCGAGAUGGACAAGCGGUAGAAAAUGGAUGGAUGGACUAGGAGCACUCUGGGGGCUUGCGUGGCGAGUACUAGAGAUGCGCGGAUAGGCAAUUAUUUCAUCCGCAACCGCAUCAGAAAGUCGUCAACCAUCCGCCAAUCCACCCGAUCUAACAUUUGAUCAGAACCGCACCCGCCCGUUGUUAUAUAUCUAAUAUAGACGAAGCAAGGCAUUAGUGAGGUUAUAAAGCUUUUGCCUGUUAAAGAAAGGAGACUGAUCCAAUGCAGCACAGACAUUCGCGUGCCACGCUGU